CCGAUUACCUGGAGAAAUCAAUGUUGCUUCUUAAUAUCUAUUUGAUAUUAGUUAGGUAUUGGUCGUUCACGUUGGAAAAAUGAAAGACUACAAUGUCUUGUAUUGUUUAAUAAUAUUAUUAAUCACCCUUCAUCACACACAGCAAAGAAAAACAAGACUACGGACCGGCGAAACUAUAAAACCGAUCAACGCUGGUGAAAAAUUCAACGUAACCCAAUUUCUAAACAGUAUUAUGAAAGACGCCAAACGUAUAGAACUAAAACGUAAACUGAAGCAUGUAAAGCCGAGUGAAAACUUUGAGAAUAAUUAUGAUCUGAUGGCUGGUCAUCGAAGGUUUGAUGAUGAUGAGGAUGUUGAUGAGCUGACGUAUGGUCUGAUUGAUGGUGUGGAGUUGAGACAUCCGUUGGUCGAGGACUGAUGAUUGAGUAAUAAAGGAUGUGAUUCUUUA